AUGUCUCGGAUCCUUUGGUCCCGGGGAGGGGUGGCUGCAGGUGAUCCGACUCAGAACCGUCAGUACUCUGCCCGCCUCUUAUGCGAGCACGUCGUCACGUCUCCCGGGAGCUCACGCACGCCCACGAGUCGGGUGCCUACGCACAGCCACCGCAACGACAUACGAAACAGCUCCUCCAUCCUCAACGUACACCGGUAAGCUAUGCUUCGCGGAGCUUGCGCGAAGCUUCUGUAGACUCCAGCUUGGCUGAGCACAAGAAUAUUACUCGACCGCUAAUGCCAUUCGGUCACUGAGCCAGGUCCGACGGUAGCGGGAUCGUACUCUGGAUUCGUUGGCGUACUUGUCGGUGCAGGUGUUUUGAUUCUGUUCGUCACAGUAGCCCUGGCAUUGUUGCGCUAUCGGACGCUGAGACGCAAGGAGCGGCCAGUAAAGCAAUUUGAGGGCGAUACCGUGGACUCCUGGGUCGACGACGAAGCGUUCGAGAUGCCACGUACGGGCGCCAGAGGAUUCGGAUCAGCGGCACGUCAAGUCUGGCCGGCUGGCAGCCUGGAACAUGCAUACGCUGGGAGUGAGAUAUCUGUCACAGAGCCGUCCCAAGCGAUGGCCUCGCACAAUUUCUACAGCGUACCGACCGACUCGGAAGUGUUUCUGGACGAACGGGGGAGGCACGCACCUGAUAAUUUCACUAUGAAGGACACGCUUUGA